AUGCCAAUGUCAGAGACUGAACUUGUUAGGUUGGUACUCGCAGUAAAAGUGUACCAAAUGGACCAUGGGAGUUCCCCAACGAAGAUAUGUAAGUCUGUUGUGAAUGAAGAUAUCAUCAGCACUCUACCUGAAGCUCUCAGAGACAAAAUCCUUUGUUGUCUGCCAAUAAAAGAAGCUGUUGGAACAUGCCUCUUGUCAAGGACUUGGAGGUACACAUGGGCUUCAAUGACCGAACUGAUGUUCAGGAGAGCUGAUUUCGCUUCAGGAAAUGACAAUGCAGACGAUGACCGCAGAUUUCUUAAGUUCACUGAUAUGUUUCUCUUCCUCCACAACGGCCCAAUUCUGAAGUUUGGCCUGAAUACCAUAGCGAAUGAAAUGGUAUCCACUGGAGGACACCUUUACCGUUGGAUGCUUAUGCUGUCAAGAAAUAAGAUUAAGGAGAUUCAACUUCAGACAAGUAUACGUGACAGUUACAAGGUCCCGUCUAGUUUUUUCUCCUGCGAUGAACUAGAAUAUGUGUAUCUGCGAGCUUGUGUUUUCACUAGUUUACAUUUGCCACCUCCAUCUAAAGGCUUCAAACAAUUGCAUACUCUUCGUCUAGAAUAUGUCACUGUGGAAGGAAAUAGUUUAGGGGAUUUAGUAGCGAGUUGCCCGAAUUUGGAGAAACUUAAUAUUCGUGGAUUGUACAGCAAAUCCAAUAUAAAUAUUCGUUCAACAAAGCUCAAGGUGCUAAAAAUUGAAGGCUGGUUUACACACCUCAAUCUGCAUGCUCCUUAUCUUACUUCCGUAUGGAUCGGAUUGGAACUGAAUUCUGACACAGAUGGUGCUUCGACAACCAGAUGCAACUUCAAUCUUUCUCCAUUUAUUGCUUCUCUUUCAGAUGUUGAGACUAUUAGGUUUCAUGGACACAUCCUUGAGUUUGGGGGCCUAUUGCCAUUUCAGUGCGUAGAACAUGAAUUUCUGAUUCUCAAGCAGCCAAAAUUAUUCAACCGGCUGACAGAGAUAAGCCUGGAGAUCAAUCUCGGUGAUCUCAAGGAAGCAAAUUUUGCCUUGUGCUUAUUUCAGCAUGCCCCCAACCUGCGAUUUGUCAAACUAAAGCUCAUUUCCAGGAAUUCCGUGGUACCAACAGUGCAUUUCUGGGAAUCAAUAGACCGUGAUGUCUGUCUCUUCCAGAACGUUGAAGUACUUGGUUUGUUCGACUUUACUGGCUCCUCUGCGGAGCUAAGCUUCUUGAAACUUUUACUUGAAGAUGCACCAGUGUUAAGAAAAGUGGGAAUAAUCGACAAGGGAUUGCACAGAAAUGUCCUAAAAUAUCUCCUGAAGCUGAGAAGAGCAUCAAGGGAUGCAGAAAUAUUGAUUCUUUGA